AUGGAUGGAAGUGGUAAGGGAAAUACAAAAAAUACGGAUAAGACUGACAAUGAAAAAAAUACUAAGGAGGAGAAUAAAAUAAAUAUGGACGGAUUUCAAUUCUUUGCUAACACUUGCGAAGAAAAAUUAAGGCUAUUUCUGGAGAAUUAUUUUAGCACAAAAACCUGUGUGGACUUAACAUAUAAGGCGGAAAACCAAAUGUUUCAAACGGCUGGAAGUAGUGUUGAAGCAAAUGAAACAAGAAAUGGAAAAGGUAUCCAUAAAAUAUGUACAGAUAAUGAUCUACAUGGGAUCCAGCAUGACACUGAUGAUUCUUCCAAUGAAAACGAUAAUCACCACAAAAAUUAUUUUGAAAAAAAUAAUCCUAUUAAAAGCAAUUACGACAAAAUGGCCAUCAACUUAGUCGAUGAUGUGCAGCAGUUCAUGAAGCCUUACGUCAAUGAGCGAUAUAAAAUUGUCGUUCAGGCGAUUAUAGGAGAAAACAAGAAACAGGGGAUUCACAUUGCCUCCAAAUCUCUCUGGAAUGUCGAAACGGAUAACUACAUUUCCGCAAAAUAUGUGAAUGAUUUUAUUUUUGUUUCAGUAAUGGUCUUUCUGUUGUACAACGAGUAA